UGCGCAUGCGUUUUAGCCGCGUUAGCAGCAGACCGGGCUGGCAGUUCCUUCCAGGGAAGGAGAGAUUCCUAUACCAUGGAGUCCUACGAUGUUAUCGCCAACCAGCCUGUCGUGAUUGACAACGGAUCCGGUGUGAUUAAAGCUGGUUUUGCUGGUGAUCAGAUCCCCAAAUACUGCUUUCCAAACUAGAGCACCGAGGGCUGCUCUCCAUCCGCUACCCAAUGGAGCAUGGAAUUGUCAAGGACUGGAACGACAUGGAGCGCAUCUGGCAGUACGUCUAUUCAAAGGACCAGCUGCAGACUUUCUCAGAAGAGCAUCCUGUACUCCUGACGGAGGCACCUUUAAACCCACGGAAAAACCGGGAACGAGCGGCAGAAGUUUUCUUCGAGACCUUCAACGUGCCAGCCCUUUUCAUCUCCAUGCAAGCUGUGCUCAGCCUUUACGCCACAGGUCGGACCACAGGUGUGGUGCUGGAUUCUGGGGACGGUGUCACCCAUGCUGUGCCCAUCUACGAGGGCUUUGCCAUGCCCCACUCUAUCAUGCGCAUCGACAUUGCCGGCCGUGAUGUCUCCCGCUUCCUUCGCCUCUACCUGCGCAAAGAGGGCUAUGACUUCCACUCAUCCUCCGAGUUCGAGAUUGUCAAAGCCAUAAAAGAACGAGCCUGCUACCUGUCCAUAAACCCUCAGAAGGAUGAGACACUGGAGACAGAGAAGGCUCAGUACUACCUGCCUGAUGGCAGCACCAUUGAGAUAGGUCCUUCCCGAUUCCGGGCACCCGAGCUGCUAUUCAGGCCAGACCUGAUUGGCGAGGAGAGCGAGGGCAUCCAUGAGGUCCUGGUGUUUGCCAUCCAGAAGUCGGACAUGGACCUGAGGCGCACACUUUUCUCCAACAUCGUCCUCUCUGGAGGCUCCACCCUGUUCAAAGGUUUUGGUGACAGGCUAUUGAGUGAAGUGAAGAAACUGGCUCCGAAAGACGUGAAGAUCAGGAUAUCUGCACCUCAGGAGAGACUGUAUUCUACAUGGAUUGGAGGUUCUAUCCUCGCCUCUCUGGACACCUUUAAGAAAAUGUGGGUUUCCAAGAAGGAAUAUGAGGAGGAUGGUGCCCGAUCCAUCCACAGGAAAACCUUCUAAUGUUGGGACAUCAUCAUCACCUCUCUCUGAAGUUAACUCCACUUUAAAACUCGCUUUCUUGAGUCGGAGUGUUUGCAAGGAACUGCCUGUGUAUGCAAGUGCGUGUGUGGGUGCGUGGGUACGAGUGUGUGUGCAUAUUCGAGUGCCGUGUGGCCCAGGGAUCCCGGGCCCAGAAAGGACGAUGAAUUACCCACGAUGGCAAUGGCCUGAGGCUUGGGGUUGACCACUGACUGGCCCUGACAGGGAAGAGUGCUGGCAGAGGGCCCCACUCCUGUCAUCUGGGCAUCUAUCUGGCUGU